AGUUGGAAGAGAAGAAAGAAGGAUCUCGCAGGCCUCUCUAUUUAUGUAAACGAGAAUGAAGUGUUCCAGGAUUAUGGUCUUUUUGCUUUUGCUGGCACUUGGAGUGUUGCAACUGGAAGGAAGCCCAAUUGCGAAUGGCAGAGGACACGGUAGAUGGAAACGAUCUUUGGAGGCAAUAGCAAGAAAAUUGAUUCGACGAGCUGCUUCUCCAGCGACGUUAUCAAAAUACAAUCUGAAGUUUAUCAAUCUAAAUGAGGAGUUGAAAGGCAAGGAAAAACAGCCGACUUAUCCUGCAGCAUCGACUUCUAAGCCAACUUCGCGUCCAGCUGCCAAAGAAGGUGUGCACGAUAAAAAGAAGAAAAAGGCAGGAUUAAUCAACAAAGAUGUGCAUGGAAUAUGGGGCCCAGGAAUCAACGUAGAGGUUCAAAAAGAUGCUCCGAGUUCUCUUCUAAGUUUUGUUCUUAAAAUGAUGAAGAUCCCGCGGACGAAAUCAGGCAAGACCUCCAAGAAAAUUGUGAAAUCGCUACCUCCUUCGCCAUUGUCCGUCCCACCGAUUCCGCCCGUGGCCAUCCCGAAGGAACCCGAAGUGGAUUCGUAUUUGGUGGCGCUGAAAGAAUCGAGAAUUCCCUGUCAGUCUUUGGAAGAUCCCACCGACUGUGACGACUUUACGUUGUUGUUUAAGCCGUCUUGGUACCCGCAGGCUUCGAACUUGAUCCCACCGGAAACCACGCCCUUUCCUCCACAUUCUACAACGAAUAUUCGUCAUCUUUGGCCAAUUUUAUUGACCCUUCGCAAUUGAAAUUGGUUCAACCAGCGUCAGACUCGAACGACUUCCUUCUACAAAAACCCAUUUUAUUCCUUU